AUGUCUGUCUACAUCCUACCAGCAGAACUCGGCUUCCGCCGUCCUUUCACGGUCGAGGUUUCGGAAACUUUAACGAUCAAGAACACGACCCCCUUGCCGAUUGCUUUCAAGGUCAAGACGACGGCGCCGAAACAAUACUGCGUUCGACCAAACUCGGGACGCAUUGAGCCUGACCGCUCCGUGGAGGUGUCUGUUCUUCUCCAGGCAAUGAAGCAGGACCCUCCUGCGGAUUACAAAUGCCGGGACAAGUUUCUAGUGCAAUCCAUCCCCAUCACAGGCGACAAGGAAUUCGUCUCUGUCCAGGAGAUUUGGGACGGUGUUGAAAAGUCUGCGAUCCAGGAGAAGAAGAUUCGUGUCAACUUCUUAUCUGCUGAAGGCACGGCAGAGCCCGAGGCAGUCACGCCACAGCGCUCUGUCCCCACGAACUACCCGGAUGAUUCUACUUCUGAUGUUCCACCACCUGCUUACGGGUCUCCCAGCGGGGGAGACUCCUAUGGGGCCAGCAACACGUCUGUCACGGCGGAGACCCCGGAUAACAGAAGCGGAAGCAAGAAGAAUCUGGAGUCCGUGUCGCCGCCAUCGGCGUCAAGUGGCACGACGGCAAACUCUGGGGGUGCAUCUUUUGCCCCUGGCGGAGUUCUGUCGGCGGCUACCGCCUUGACAGCAUCAACGGAGCACAAAGAGGUUACGAUUGCGUCGCUCAAGGCGAAGCUUGCCGAAGCCAAUGCGCUGAUUGCCUCGCUUCAGGACGGCGGUCUGCGCCAGAGAAAGGCAGCAAGUACGGCAAACCCGACCGACAGUACUACAGCAGAGACAGCGCAGUUGGGCCAGGUCGUUCAUGGCACAGAGGGAGUACCGGUUCAGAUAGUUGCCAUACUGAGCCUUAUGUCCUUCUUGCUGGCCUACUUCUUUUUUUAA